AGUUCACAAAUUUUCCUCCCAUCGAUCACAUGAUUACAUGUCAUUCGCCAUAUUCACGGUGGAUAAUUUGAGGAAGAACUGCUGAGAAAGAUAUCCACAUUUUACUCGUCUGUAAGGGAAAUUUCUUUGAUUUGGAACAUGGCAGAUAACAAACCAAUAUACACACCGUUCUUCGGCUCAAUGGGUGCUACAGCCGCCAUAGCUUUCAGCGCUCUGGGAGCUGCCUAUGGAACAGCUAAAUCUGGUACUGGAAUUGCAGCCAUGUCCGUGAUGAGGCCUGAACUGAUUAUGAAGUCCGUCAUCCCUGUGGUCAUGGCUGGUAUUCUGGCUAUUUAUGGAUUGGUGGUAGCUGCAGUAAUAGCCAACAGCAUUGAUAAAGAUUAUACCAUAUUCAAGAGCUUCACACAUUUAGGAGCUGGUCUUAGUGUAGGCCUCAGCGGUCUCGCUGCAGGAUUUGCCAUCGGAAUUGUGGGUGACGCAGGGGUACGUGGUACGGCACAGCAACCUCGACUGUUUGUGGGAAUGAUUCUAAUUCUUAUUUUUGCUGAAGUAUUGGGAUUAUACGGAUUUAUCGUAGCCCUAAUUUUGGCGACCAGAAAUGAGAGUUAAUUCAUCUCUUCCAUGACUGAACGUGUACAAACUCUAAAAUGCUGGUCAGAUAUUAUACUGUGUGUGUAAGAGAGGGGUCGAUUAAAGUAACUUUAUAUAAAUCCUGUACAUUUUAAGUAAACCCAUGUGAAACUACUUUGUCAUUGACAUUGUAUAAGGUCUGGAUGUGGUAGUGUUGUUAGAACAUUGUUGUAAAUGCUGUGUUAUAAUCAUUCCAUAGUCGGCCAGUUUAUUCUAGAUCUUGUGCAUCAUUCUGUGGUUUGUGUGAAGUCAAACAUGGGUCUCAAUUCUGUGUACCUUGAAACGUAAAAGUUCUAAAAGUAUUUCUGCUCAAUCAUUCUGACAUUUCUGUUCUGUAGUCCAUUUCCAGACCCCCACCCCUACACACAGCCCCUACCCCCCACCCCAGCCGUAAACUAUGAAAUUCUUUUACUACACAAGGUACGUGUACAUACUAAGCUGUACAUAUGGUAACAAAAAAUAUUUAUAUUGUCUGUUAUUCCGUGUUGAGCUGAAUUUGGAAAUUUGCAGAAAUAAGAAAAUAUAUGUAAAAUCGAAAUGCUUUCUACAUAUAAUGUUUGCCCUUGCCUAAUGAACAAUGUCAAUUUUUAAAUUUCUUCAUCGUUUUAAUCCAACAGGAUGUGUUUAUAUAUAGAGUAAGAAUUAUGUCUUAAAUCACCGUGGAGCUAGAUCUAGCAGCGAAUCUGUAUUAGGUUAAUACCAUUGUUUCAAGUAUGCCAAGUGGCAAUAAAAUAAAUUAAAAUUGAA